GCGAAUAUACUCACUUUUCUUUUCAUCAAUUGAAUCCAUACAAUGGCCUACGAAAGCUUCAUCAACCCCAAAUUAGGACCUUUGCCCAUCAAGGCCCCAGAACCCAAAAAGAACGUCUUGGACUUGUUCAGCUUGAAGGGUAAAGUUGCAUCCGUGACAGGAUCAAGUGGAGGCAUUGGGUUGGCGGUGGCCGAAGCGUACGCCCAAGCCGGUGCCGACGUGGCCAUUUGGUACAACUCCAAGCCUGCCGACGACAAGGCCGAGCAGAUUGCCAAAGAAUGGGGAGUCAAGUGCAAAGCCUACAAAUGUAAUAUUUCCGACUCCGACUCUGUUGAACAAACCAUCGACCAGAUCGAAAAAGACUUUGGCACCAUCGACAUUUUUGUGGCUAAUGCCGGGGUUCCCUGGACAGUGGGAGAAAUGAUUCACGCCGAAAACCAUGAUACUUGGCAUAAGGUGAUUGACCUCGACUUUACUGGUGUAUAUUACUGUGCUAAACAUGUGGGUAAGAUUUUCGAGAAAAACGGCAAGGGAUCGUUGAUUUUGACGGCCUCGAUGUCGGGACACAUUGUCAACUUUCCUCAAAGACAAGCUCCUUACAAUGCUGCCAAAGCGGCGGUGGUGCACUUGGGGAAGUCGUUGGCGGUGGAAUGGUCUCAUUUCGCCAGAGUCAAUACCAUUUCUCCCGGGUACAUUGUGACAGAGAUCCUGGAGUUUGUGGACGCUAAUGAGAAGCAGACCUGGCACAAAAUGACACCUUUAGGCAGAGAAGGUACCACCCAAGAAUUGGCGGGGGCUUACUUGUACUUGGCCAGUGAUGCCAGUACUUAUACCACCGGGUCUGAUAUCAUUGUUGACGGGGGUUACUGUGCUCCAUGAACCUGGGAAUAUAUAGGAGCUCAAUGUACGCUCAUAGACCAUAGUGUAGUAUGUGAAAUGACCCUGGUAGAAGCACCGAGCCCGCGGUAGUACCGCCGACUCCCGCUACAAAAUACACCGCGCUCGCCCACCACCGCCAA